AUGGUUUUCGGUUUCGGUAAAGACGACAAAGAUCAAGGUAGAUCAAGAAGAGGACAACAACAACAAGGAAAUGAUGAUUCCUUCGACCAAUCCAAUUUUGAUUCCUCUCAACAAAAUCAAGAUGAUUCCAACUGGCAAUCAUCCAACAAGCAAUCUGGUGGUGAUUUCCAAUCUGGUGGUAUUUCCUCUGGUGACUACUCUAGUGGUCAAGAUCAAUCUUAUGGUCAAUCUGGUGACAUCAGCGGUCAACAACAAGGUGGUCUUGGUGGUCAAUCUUAUGGUGAUGACCAAGGUGACCAAGGGGAUUUUGAUGAUUCUCUUGGUUCUUCAAACAGAAGAAGGAAGGAUGAUGAUCAAUGGCAGUAA